UACGGCAAGUCAGAGGCAGAAAGAUGGCGGCCGCUCCGGAAGACUGUGGUGUUGGGGCCGAAGCGGACCGGGAAUUGGAGGAGCUUCUGGAAAGUGCUCUUGAUGAUUUCGAUAAAGCCAAACCCUCCCCAGCACCCCCUCCUACCACCACGGCCCCCGAUGCUUCAGGGCCCCAGAAGAGAUCGCCAGGAGACACUGCCAAAGAUGCCCUCUUCGCCUCCCAAGAGAAGUUUUUCCAGGAACUAUUCGACAGCGAGCUGGCUUCCCAAGCCACUGCAGAGUUCGAGAAGGCAAUGAAGGAGUUGGCUGAGGAAGAGCCCCACCUGGUGGAGCAGUUCCAAAAGCUCUCAGAGGCUGCUGGAAGAGUAGGCAGUGAUGCAACUUCCCAACAAGAAUUUACUUCUUGUCUAAAGGAGACAUUAAGUGGCCUAGCCAAAAAUGCCACUGAUCUUCAGAACUCGGGCAUGUCGGAAGAGGAGCUGACCAAGGCCAUGGAGGGUCUGGGCAUGGAUGAAGGGGAUGGGGAAGGGAACAUCCUCCCCAUCAUGCAGAGUAUUAUGCAAAACCUACUAUCCAAGGAUGUGUUGUACCCGUCACUGAAGGAGAUCACAGAAAAGUAUCCAGAGUGGUUGCAGAGUCACCGGGCAUCUCUGCCUCCUGAGCAGUUUGAAAAAUAUCAGGAACAGCACAGUGUCAUGGGAAAAAUAUGUGAACAAUUUGAGGCAGAGACACCUACAGACAGUGAGGCCACUCAAAAGGCCCGUUUUGAGACGGUGCUAGAUCUUAUGCAGCAGCUACAGGAUUUGGGUCAUCCUCCAAAAGAACUGGCUGGGGAGAUGCCUCCUGGCCUCAACUUUGACUUGGAUGCCCUCAAUCUCUCAGGCCCACCAGGUGCCAGUGGUGAACAGUGUCUGAUCAUGUGAGACAAACAUGUUUUCCUCCCUGAGUCCCAGCCAUGGGAAACAUCUGGAGUCAACAGAACCAUUGGGAACCGAGAGAGACAGGAGUGUCAUCUGCAGGAGCGGUUUGCCCACAGCCCUCCAUAGUCCCAUUCAAGAUUGUGCCAUACUGGCUGAGGCUUUUCCUCUGACUUUCUAGGAGUAGGAUCUGUUUCACAGGCCAUUUCUGUGAGCCCUGCUCGUGGUUUCUGCUGCUAGUAAAGACCCAUCUACAAGCCAGGUGAAGGAAGGCACUCCUUUGGGGGAAGCACCUUCUUCCCUCUCCCAAAAUAACGUUAUACAUGUCCACAUUGAUGUUCACUUUUACUCCCAGGGUCUUUGUGCCUUGUCUCCACUCCCUCUCUUGGAUCUGGGCAGAGUCCUGGAACUCUAUUUCUACACUUCUCUUGGACAGGGACUUUGGGAAUGGGGAGAAAGAAACUUAGCCUCAGCCAGAACUGUAGAUCUGUCCCUUGCUCUCUUGCCUUUAGACAGACCAUUCUGAAUUCCCUGAAGGGAAAGGGCCUUAGUAUCUAUUACAGUAGGGUUGGAAGAGAAACCUUUUCCUCCCUCUAGGUGCUAAGUCCUCAACUUCCUGUUCCAGCCUGACAACUUCAGUUGCUAUCCUGGUUCUUUCUACAAUGCUGUAUGAUCCGAUAAACCCAGCCCCUGACUUAACUUUGCCUCCUGCCUGUCCUCUUAUCUCCUUUUUAAAAUACCCUUCAUUCCAACCCUUCUUAACCCACACUAAGAUAAAGAAGGGCCCUUCCCAUUCCCCCUCAUUUGGUUCAUCCACCACUUUGACUGAUUCCUUCCCUCUCUGGCAAACACAUAGUAGUAAUGUCAGGUGUGUCAAAUGAAUGGCUAUUCUACCCAGACAUAUUCUGGCUUAUUUGAAUCAUCUGAUUCCUUUAGAAUCCUUGGUUCACGAAGGUGCUUAGGAAAGGAGAAGGGGUGCAGCCUAGGUCCUUUUCCUGCAACCUCAUGGGGCAGUGUCUAAUAAAUAUUCUGAGUGAGGAGUGUGGCCUGUUUUUCAUCCAGGUCUUUUUCUGCUUCCUUAGCUUCUAUAAGCUGCAGUGUAGGGAAUGUGAUUAGUUUUACGUAACAUCAUGCUGGCCUUCACCACCGCCCCCAUUCCCCAGCUCAAUCUGCACCUCAGUUGGCAAAGGAGAAUAGUUCUCUUUCCUCAUUUUUCUUUUGGGUAUUUCAAUUUGAAAAGUGUUGCAAUUGGUAUUAUAUUUUUACUUUUCAUUUUCAUACUGUGAUUAAUUUUAGUAAUAUAUUGUUAACAUGUUUUCUCAAUUAUUUAUCUUUGAGCUGACAUUGCCCUUCUCAGUGGAUCUAGGGAUCUUGGCUGCCAUAUGUUUGGUGGAUACCCUGGUCAGCCUAGCUGGCUGUCCUUAUUCACUGGAAAAUAAUUCUUGCCAGAACAAAUUUACAUUCAUCAUCUGAGUCACUUUGAGCUACUGACAUGUCACUUUCCCCUGGUUUAAAAUUUUUCACUAUUUAAAAGUCCCAUACAUUCUCUGGCCUUGGAAAGGAAGGAAAUGUUCUUGAGGCCUUAGGCUAUUUGGAAAAGUCCAGUACCAUACCUAAUCAGAGCUUGGAAGAACCCAGGUCUGAAUGUGAGACUUCUACUUUGUGACACAUAGAAAAAGUACAAGGGGACUUAUGAUGACAGUUAUAUGGCCUGAAUGCCAAAAUUCUCUCCUUAAAGUUCCAGCCCCAAACUGGAAAAGAAUAGAGAACAGGAAGGAUGAAUAAAAGGGCUCUGCUCUUUGAACUGUGUAUAUACUGUCCUGCCAGUUUUCUUUUCUGGUAGCCUGACCAAGGCUUUUAAUCCAUGGAUUUAAAAGAUGCCCUAGUCUACUUUAGCUCUGUUCCCAAGACACUCUUUUUCAUUUUCAUUUAUUUUGAUUGAACAUGAGCAAAUUGACUUCUGAUUACUCUCUGAUUUAAAGUACUAUUUGAAUUAUUCUAGGACUUGUGGAGGGAUAGAGCUGGGUACCCUACGGCAGUCUUUCUUAACCAUGUAUGGUGUAGAACCAGGUUUUUUUGUUUUUACACAUCUAAUUCUUUAUAUAUCAAAACUGACAGGUAUGGACUUCACCCUGCAUUGAACCCACCUUGUAAGAUUUUGUUUUUGUUUUAAUACAGAGGAUUGAAGCCAGAGGUACUUAACAACUGAGCCACUUCCCCAGUCCUUUGCCCAGGGCCUGGCUGAGUUGUUGAGGCUAGCUUUGAAUUUGAGAUCCUCCUGCCUCAGUCUCCUGAGCCAUUGGGAUUAGAGGCAUGCACCACUAUGCAAGUUUGACAACAUCCAAACUGUCGAGACCCUGUUCAACAGGUUGAAUCCAUUGGUCAUGUUCUUGGAUAUCACAACAAUGUAAAAUAUUUAAAAUUUUCUUAACACUCUCAAUUUCUAAUUCCUCAUGCCACAAAUUGGAGGUUGGAGCCUCUUCACAGACUAACACAAGUCUUCAAACCACCUUUGAGAAGCAUUGCUCUGGGCCCUCUUUAGUCUUUUCAUAGAUCCUAGUCAAACAUACAUUUCUAUGCUUGUGGAGUUCGCUCCCAUGUGAGAGUUGCCCUUAGAGAACUUGUUCUACAGCAAGAAUAUGUCACUGGAAGAACAUCUCACAUUUUUCUAGCCUGCCUUUUCUUCUGCUUAAAAAUAACUAUUGCAAAGCUUAGGUUUGAUGAAAUAUUUAUGCUGCUCUCAAAUUUUAUAGAAAAUGCUUCUUUGUUCCAAAAUUCUAUAUCUUAGAUAAUAAAUUUGUGAUUGUA